AUGGGACGUGCCGGAGCCAUGUGUGACGGUGGCGUCCUGGUGAUUGUGCUUGUCCUGCUGCUGGCCACUGUGGCUGUCUGGUGGGCCGUUGGCCACUGGCAACCACGGAGGCGACAGGCAUGGACAUCGAAGAGACACAAGCGCCCCGGGGUGCAGCCCAGAGGCUCACGGAGGAAGCGAGGAGCCCCUGUGGCUCCCAGGUCCUCCAGGCCUCGGGCGACCCCUCGCAAGCGGCCACGUGCUCCCGCGAGCCCCCUGGACAGCCCCUGCAGCUGCGGCCCCUGCGUGACAGUGGCCCAGGAGCUGCAGGAACUGAUGCUGCUGCUCUGGGCUCGCAAUGGGACAUGGACGCUCAGUGAGACCUGUCAGCCUGCAGAAGGUGCAGAGCCUGUGGACAGGUCUCCCAGCUCCCUUGGACUCACGGACUUCAACAACACUGGCGCAACCCUGACAACUGACGUGGCCAGGGAAAGCCCAGAAGUCCAAGUGGGAGCCCAGCCCGAUCCAGGGGAGCCUUCUCAGGAGCAGGCGGCGGAGCAGCAACCCGUGCCUGGCGGCGGAGACGACCCUCAAGAGACCCUGGAGGUUCCUCCAUCUCCAGGAAGCUGCUCCGAGACGGCCACCGACUACCAGGAAGGCCUUUCUGGUAGCAGCUCUGCCGCUCGCCAGCCCGACGGCUGCAAGGCGGUGGCCGCUGCCCGGCGCGCAGCAGGAAGCAGGUCAGAGCAACGUGGCCCGCGGUGGCUCGGCCCGCUUCACUCGCGGGCACUUGGCCGGGGGGGCCCUGGGCGCAAGGCUGAUGGCUCGGUCUCGGUCGCAGGGCAAAAGAAGCUGCAGGAGCUGUACCAGCUGGGCCCGCAGCUGGGCAGCGGUGGCUUCGGCACCGUUUUCUCGGGCAUCCGCCUCUCGGACGGGAGCCUGGUGGCCAUCAAACGCGUGGCCCGGGAGAGCGUCCUGCAGUGGUACGAGCUGCCCGACGGCACCCGUGUUCCCAUGGAGAUCGUGCUCAUGGAGAAGGUGGGCUCUGGCUGCCACAACAUCAUCCGGCUCCUCGACUGGUUUGAGCUGCCUGACAGCUUCUUGCUGGUGAUGGAGCGUCCGGAGCCAUCGCAGGCUCUCCUGGCCUUCCUGCUGGAGCAGGGGUUCCUGUGCGAGGAGAUGGCGCGCUGGCUUUUCUGCCAGGUGCUGGAGGCCGUGCGGCACUGCACCGCCUGUGGCGUCCUGCACCGGGACAUCAAACCGGAGAACCUCCUCGUGGACCCAGAGAGCGGCGACCUGAAGCUCAUCGACUUCGGUUGCGGCACCUUCCUCCAGGAGCAGGCCUUCACGCGAUUUGCCGGAACACACAUGUACAGCCCACCCGAGUGGAUCUGCCUUGGCUGCUACCACGGCCAUUCAGCAACUAUCUGGUCCCUGGGCAUGCUGCUGUAUGUCAUGGUCUGUGGGAACAUGCCCUUCCUGGAGGACCGUGACAUCGUGUCGGGGCAGCUCUUCUUCUGGCAGCAGGUCUCUCCAGAGUGCCAACAUCUGAUCCGCUGGUGUUUGUCCAAGCACCCCGCGGACAGGCCAGCGCUGGAGGAGAUCUUGCGCCACCCUUGGGUGUGGGGCAGGCGUCUUUGAUGCCUUGCCGGAGCCUCUGCAGCACCCGGUUACCGAGUCCCACGCAGGACUGAGGGCUCGAGAAAUAAAACAACCACAAACCCAUGCCGCGGUGUCAAGUCUGGUCCUGGUUAGCAACUUCAGCUAAAGAAAUCUCUUGGGAAAAAGGGUAAUCAGAGUGUUCC